AUGCUUGACACAUGUGAAUCAAUAUUAAAUGCUACUAACAUUCUGAGUUCGAUUCGAUUUCACUUUGAAUUAUUGAUUGAUAAAAACAAAAAUUCUAUUCAUAAUAAUAAUAAUACAAUACCUGAGACAAUUUUUUUAAACAAAUUACUUAAUAUUAAACAAACUGUAAAACUGUCAAACACGUCGAAUUCAUCAUCAAAAGCACAGCAUUUCGAACAGUUUUCAUCUCAACAAAUUAGCGAAAAUUAUGGAAUGAUUCCAUUAGAAUCUACACAAGUUGAUCUAAGCUAUAUCAAUAUCUCUAAAUCAUUCAUUUGGACAGUACAACGAAUACAAAUUGAAAUGAGUUCUAUAGAUGCGUAUCAGUUACAUCUUGUAGUAACUAGAUACUUAUCAAAAUUGAAACAUCGACCUCGACAUUUAUUGGUUUUUAUCAAUCCUCAAUGUGGCAAAGGUAAAGGACGUUCUGUAUAUGAAAAGAAAGUAUUACCAUUAUUUGACGAAGCUAAUAUAAGUGUAGAUACAGUCUAUACAGAACGAGCUAAUCAUGCUCGAGAUUACAUUAAUGAACAUAUGUCAUUGGACAAUUAUGAUGGUCUGAUAUGUGUUGGUGGUGAUGGAAUAUUUUCAGAAUUAUGUCAUAGUCUUUUACUUAAAACAGCUCGACAAGCUGGACUUAAUAUGGAUGAUCCAAAAAUCGAUAUUAAACGACCAGAAUUGCGCAUAGGCAUUAUUCCUGCUGGAUCGACAGAUGCAGUCACUUUUGGAACUACGGGUCACAAUGAUCCGAUUACUAGUACUUUACAAAUUAUCACUGGUGAAUCACUUCUAAUUGACAUAGCUACAGUUCAUAGUGAACGUGGCUUUGUAUGUUUUAUGGCAACAAUGCUAGCUUAUGGAUUUUUUGGUAAUAUUAUUCGUCAAUCUGAUAAUUGGCGAUUGUUUGGUCCAUUACGGUAUAAUUUAGCUGGUUUUUUUCAAUUUCUUCGUAACACCUCGUAUCAUACAGAAUUGAUAAUAACAGAACCUCUUGAAAAAUAUGAUUCGAAAGCAUUGAUUAACAAUCUAAAUCGACAUUUAUUUGGCAAUACUGUAAAAUGGCAAGGGACAAUCGGUGAAAAAAUUGAUUCUGAACAAUCAUCUGUACCAUUGGUGAUCAAGCGUGAAGACCAAUAUCGAACAAUUAAUUGUCUUAAUAUGCCUUGUCGUUGUGAAAAAAGCAAAUAUGGAAUGUCUCCAUCUGUACAUUUAGGUGAUGGUUCAUUUGAUAUAAUUCUUGUAAAACGUUCAUGGCGUAUGGGUUUGUUUCGAUUUCUUCGUCAUGUCGCUAAUGAUGCUCGAACAAUUGAAGAAUUAUCUAAUGUCGAACGUUAUCGUGCUACUGAAGUUAUUAUUCGUCCAGUUAUUACUCAACAAAAAGAAAUAGGUAAUUGGGCAUGUGAUGGAGAAUUGAUCAGUGCUAAUGAAGUAAGAAUUCGUGCUCAUCAUCGAGCACUCAAUCUAUUUGCAUCUGGUAUUUGUUCUGAACAAAUCAAGAAAAUUAAUAAAAAAUAG